GAUAUUAGACCAGUUCUUGGGCUAGGAGUACUAUCUGAAUUAAGAAGAGGAGAGGUUAAGUAUCAGACCCCCUUUUGUGGCAUGGGGGGAAGGGAGUUAUUGGGAGAAUAAGGCUAUUUAUAUCAGGAAAAGUGAGGCUGAUCAUUUGUUGGAGCAGGUGUCUCACAAGAAGGGUGCGUUCUGAUAGUAAUUGGUAUAUCAGGCCGGAAGGGGAAAGAGAGGGUUUUGGGAUAAUACCAGGGUGGAAAGAAAAGCAGAGGUUAAUUAUGAUGAUAACAAGUGUAGGGUAUCCAGUCUGAUGAGUUGUGAGUCAGGCUUCGGGGGGAGGAAAGGGAGUAUAAUAAUAAUAAUAGGGGAAAAGUUAAAGCAUACAAUAAAGGAUGGUUGCUAAACCCACCCACAGUAUCCCUGAAUUGGGAAGCGAGCCCCAAGUUAGCCCUACUUGUCUUGUUUAAUUUGACCGUUUAGACAGGGAAAGCUAAAAUCCAUAAGGGAUGGAAGGGGAGGAAAACAGCGGUCCUCCCUCCUCAGGAGUGUUUGCGGACUGGAGUUUGGCCUUUUGGACUCUGUGCUCAGUGAUCCUGCCGGUAGUGAUCACCUUGUGGUGCAGCUUCCAGCGAUCCCGGAGGCAGGUGCUGAGGCGAGACAUCUUCCGCCAGAGCAAGCACGACUGGCACUACACAGAUCUCUUUGGCCAGCCCACCUAUUGCUGUGUGUGUGCCCAACACAUUCUUCAGGGAGCUUUUUGCAGUUGCUGUGGGCUGUGUGUCCACGAAGGGUGUCUCAAGAAGGCUGACCAACAUUUCCUCUGCAAGGAGAUUAUGAUGAGGAGUGAUGGUGAACCCCACACCUCUAUGGCACAUCACUGGAUCCGAGGCAACGUCCCACUGUGCAGCUAUUGUGUCGUAUGCAAGCAGCAGUGUGGCACCCAGCCCAAGCUCUGUGACUACAGGUGCGUUUGGUGUCAGCACACUGUACAUGAUGAUUGCAUGCAGAGUUCUCUGAAGAGCGAGAAGUGUCGUUUUGGAGAAUUCCGAAACUUAAUUAUUCCACCAUAUUACUUAUCCACCAUUAAUCAGAUACGUAAGGAUAAAAGAACUGAUUAUGGAAAGUUGGCAUCCUCCUAUGGUAAACACUGGACCCCAAUAAUAAUCCUGGCUAAUACUCGUAGUGGAAACAACAUGGGCGAAACAUUGUUGGGCGAGCUUAAGAUUCUCUUAAACCCAGUUCAGGUUUUUGAUCUGAGCAAAAUUUCACCUGCCAAAGCACUCCAGCUUUGUACCUUGCUGCCUUAUAAUUCUGCUAGGGUACUUGUUUGUGGUGGGGAUGGCACAGUGGGCUGGGUCCUGGAUGCAAUUGAUGAAAUGAAGAUAAAGGGACAAGAACGGUAUAUUCCACAAGUUGCAAUCUUACCUCUCGGAACAGGUAAUGACCUGUCUAAUACGUUGGCUUGGGGUGCAGGUUAUGCUGGAGAAGUCCCAGUGGAACAAAUUUUACGAAAUGUAAUGGAGGCAGAUGGAAUCAAACUAGACAGAUGGAAGGUUCAGGUAACAAACAAAGGAUACUACAAUUUAAGAAAACAAAAGGUGUUCACAAUGAACAACUAUUUUUCUAUAGGACCAGAUGCUCUCAUGGCUCUCAACUUUCAUGCGCAUCGUGAGAAGUCUCCCUCACUGUUUUCCAGCAGAAUUAUUAAUAAGGCUGUUUAUUUUUUCUAUGGAACCAAAGAUUGUUUAGUACAGGAAUGUAAAGAUCUUAACAAAAAAAUUGAGCUAGAGUUGGAUGGUGAGAGAAUCGAUCUGCCGAAUUUGGAAGGAAUCAUCGUCCUGAAUAUUGGAUACUGGGGAGGUGGCUGUAGAUUAUGGGAAGGAAUGGGUGAUGAGCCUUAUCCCCUGGCAAGGUAUGAUGAUGGAUUGCUGGAAGUUGCUGGGGUUUAUGGCUCUUUCCACUGUGCACAGAUUCAGGUGAAAUUAGCCAAUCCUGUUCGACUAGGACAGGCACACACUGUGAGGCUGAUUCUGAAGAAUUCAAAGAUGCCAAUGCAGGUGGAUGGAGAGCCAUGGGCACAGGGACCCUGCACUGUUACCAUAACUCAUAAGACACGUGCACUGAUGUUAUAUCACUCGGGUGAACAAACGGAUGAUGAUGCUUCCAGCAUGUCUGAGCAGGAACACACAAGGGAACAGACGGAUGAAGAUAUAUAGGUUUUGAAGAAUUUUACAUAAUAUAUUAAUCAAUUCUCAUUAAAAAACUUAAAUAUAUAUUAAAUGUUCUGUCUCAAUAACGAUACCUUUAUGCAGUAAGGUGUAGACUUGAGUGGCAUAGGGAUUUAAAAAAAAAAAAAAAAAAGCCAUGCUUUCAAGUAUUAAAGUAUUAAUGGAAAAAUCUCCAGGCUAACCUUUAGCAAAACACUUAGGUGUAUACUAUCAAAAUGAAAAUCUCACCAUAACUUAAACUGAUUUUUCUUAAGGCUAAAUGUUUAGUAUGUCUUGAGAAUACUAUUUUCUCUUUUUAAAUAAGCAGUAUGUCUUACUCAGUUCAAUAAUAUACUGUGAAGUGCACAUAACAGAAAUAUCGAAAUGUGACUUUGGGUAGCACAACCAUCUUUUAAGACCUAUAACAAGAUUGUUUCUUUUGAUGACAAUUGGCAACACUUUUUAAAAACUGUUACAGAUAACGGAUCUUGUCUGAGGAUGAUCUGAAAAUAGCAACAUGGCAAGUCAGUCUGUGCCACCACAUUGAUCGUAUAUACAGAUAUGAUCUGAUUCAGUAAAAAUGUAUUAUCUGCUAAAACAGAUGGAGAACAUAUGUAAAUUUUGCUUCCUGACUAGGUCAUGCAAGGUGAAUAAUAGCUCUGUGGGAUUUAGAACUUUAUCUCCCAUUUAAAUGUGUGACCACAAAAGAGCAUUAUUACAAACAGUGAUAUGAAAAUUCUGAAUAGAUGUAACAGUAGAUAUAAACAUCCUGUUUAGGUAACCAUCAAGAUUUCUCAAGGUAAAUAUUGACCUAGUUGAAGCUUCUCAGGUUAAAGCUUCUCAGGUUUAAAACUUCAUGGUCGCUUCAGCAGAAAUAAAUAUUUGCUCCUUAGUUAUUUUUACGAGCGAGUAACUUAACCUACAAAGCCAAAAGCUUGAAGCUAAGGAGUAAACCUGUCACUAAUCAAUCCAAUUGAGCUCAUGUACUGCAAAUGAUCUCCGAACAGUAACUGAAAUUAUAGUGGAUGUGUGCUACAUACGUUAAGCCCAGUGAUAGGUUAAGGAAAGAGUCUUGGUCUAAACACUGAAUGUUCUUACCUCUUUUGUCAUUUUAAGCCAGCGCCCUCAAAUAACUUUCCUUUUGUUUUCUGUAUGCUAGUUUAAAGGGACACAGUCAAGUAGGGUAGGCCAUAUAUCUAGGUUUUGUAAACCAAAUGCAAUUGUUUUACAAAAUCUAAAAAAAAGUUUCCAUGGAUUACCUAAUGUUAAUGAAAACAAUUUUUAAACAAUUUAUUUAAGCAUUUUUGUACAGGUUUAUGGAAAUCAAACACAACAGCACUAUAUCAGUGCAUGAGAGACCAGGAAGUUAAACAGAACCUUUCUGGUUUGAAUUUUCCAUGCUGAGUGAAAAGCAAAAAGCAAACAUAGUUUAUAUGGUAAAAAGUUAAUUACAUUUUUGAAACUCUUCCAUUUUUAAUAAUCUUUCAAGAUAAAAAUAUGUUUUAACUUGACAGUGUCCCUUUUUAAAAGUUUACAUGCUAGAUUCUAAAUACUACUGACAUUAGUAAAUUCAUAAUUAGACAGAUUUGCAAGGUGUUUAUUAUAUAUGUGAUUAGAAAGUAAUUAAUUGUAAGUGUUGACAAAUGUAAAUUUUAUACUUGGUAGCCUUAUAGACCUUCUUUGAAUUUAUAAUUUAUCAUGUAAAUACAUUGCGAUUUGAGUCAUAAAAGUCGACAUAAAAAGUAAAUUAAAAAUACCCAAAGUAGAUAUACCAUGUUAUAAAUAGAUCCACUAUCCAAAUCUUCUUUGGUUAAAACUGAUUUAGGUUAUACUAGCUUAAAAAUCAUUUUAAACUGGUAAGCCUCUAUUCUAUUUAUUUAUAUUUGAGUAACUUAUUCACACUUAUUUUUAAAAAUAUUUAUUUAAGUAUUAUGCUCUUAUCCUUGUGUACUAAUGUUUACAGACAAGUUAUAAAGCUCUGGAAAAACUGGGUAUGUAUUUGGAAUGCAGAUACAUUAGAAAGACAAUGACAGGAUUUCUUUAUCUAAACUUAUCAAACUGUGUUGGGAAGAGUCAUCGAAAGUUUAUCUGGAAAUUUUCAAGCUAUAUUUCAAUACUCAUAGGAUCAAAAACUGUCCAGAAUUUUGAAAGUUUGAACCCCCACCCUACCCUUAAAUCAAAACUUACAAAAUGUUUUUUUCCUGGUCCUGAGGAGAUGGUAGAUUGAAAAUCCAUCCUGUCUCUAGAUGGAUACCAGGGACCGGAUUGCUGCCUUCCUAAACUGUGUCAGGGAGAUCUCAGGGACCUGUGCCUGUCCAUGGACCGGUCGUUGAAACACUGCUCUAGAUAACAGCACAGUUAGUGAGAACAGGCUGUCUCCCAGUUUUUGCUCCUGGUUGGAGGAAGGAAACAGGUACAGCACCUAAGACAACGGGGUAUUGGCCAGGAGGUACUGUAUGCAGACAAGCUGGAUCUUUCCACUCAGGGCCGGCUCCAGGCACCAGCAUUCCCAGCAGGUGCUUGGGGCGGCAAUCUGCAAGGGGCGGCAGUCGGUGUGUUUUUGCCGCCCCAAGCAGCGCGCCGAAUUGCUGCCGUGGACAGCGGGGGCAGUCCAUGCGCCGUUAGGGUGGCACGCGCGUUUCCGCAGCGGCGGCAAUUCGGCGGCAGCUUCUAUGUUCAGCUGCCCGCGGCGGCAAUUCGGCCGCCACCGCAGAAACGGGCGUACCGCCCUACACGGCACACCGACUGCCCCCGCCGUCUGCGGCAGCAAUACGGCGCACUGCUUGGGGCGGCAAAAACAGUAGAGCCAGCCCUGCUUCCACUGACAGCAACUCGCUGAGCACUUCUCAGGAUCUGGUGCCAAAUGGGUGAGAGACUCUCUGGGCAGUACAAAUCCAUGAAUAGCUUUGUAAUACAGGAGGAGAAUGGACAGUGAAGGUAACACUUCAUCUAAUACCUACUUGGUAAUUUUGGAGAGCUGCUUUCUGAGGAUGGCCCUAGUUGUCUCAGCCAGAUCAUCGCUCUUUGCAUACUGAUGGGAGGAGAAUUAUGCUGCAUGUAGGAGUGAUUAGAAGUGAAUGUCUGAAUAGUCGAGGGCAUUUGAUGGGUAACAAAUUUAGAUGGUGUAUGCUUGGAAAGCCUUUCAGAAAAUUCUAUUUGAGGGUGGUAGAAGAUUGCACUCGCUAUACAUGUUUAUCUCCAAGUCAGAUAUGCCAUACCCACUUUUCCUGCAAUUGUCUCUAGUUGUCCACAGGUCAGAGGACUUUUUAAAAACAAAUGUUAAGGCUGGAAUUUAAAUAUGUCAAGUGAUCACAGGAAUCUUGCAAUUCCCAACUUACCACCCAGUGGUUUUUUUAGGUUUUUUUUUUUUUUUUAACUUCUCUUGCUCGACUGUUUUAUUUUAAUCAAAACUUUUCAGUUCAUCACAAAUUUAGAGUCAGAUUCUGUUGUGAAUUUCUCCCUGUGCAACCACUUUAGUCUGCAGAAGUUAUAAGACAUUAUCAUUUGCCUCCCCACAUCUAAUUUGCAUAUAAAUUAAAUAAAGAUACUUUUCCGUUUUAAUGGUAGUUGCUCAUGUGCUGUUGUAUAUUUAUCAUGGCUGUGAAUCUGAUGAAAUUCACAUUUUAAAAAAAUAGAUGAUAGAAAACAUGAAGCACCUGAUACAGUUUUGUCCAUUGAUUAUCCUAUUUUUUAAUUAAAAAUAGGCUUUGACAAUUGGAAACAUAAAAAUAUUGCAAUAUAUUUGUUACUCAGAAGAGGGUGCUCUGCUAUUGAAAUUCGUGCCCUGCUCUAAGAGAAGCCACACAGCAUUUAAGGAUGACAUAAAUUAUGAAUACAUUUAAUUUCUCAGAGGCUUCUCAUAAGCAUAUUAAUUUGAAUAAAAUGUACAGCUGCAGAAAUAUUGAGCUAUUAAUUUAGCAAGCAUUCAAAAUAUUCAUUCACAAAGCUGUGUAAUUCUAGGCUACAUUGAGAUUUUAUUGCAGCAUAUGCUAGUGUACCUAAAGAUCGGUCAGUGCUUCUGAUAUAAAUCCUUUUCCUGGGUUUAUAACCUACAGGUUGAAAUGUUUUUGGUGGGCUUAAACUUGCACACAAAACCUAGAUAUGGAGUGAACUUUUUUUAUCCCCUCACAACCUCCUUACUUAUUAACUUUCACAAUUUGUAUAAAAUAUAUAUAUUUAUCUUUUUCUUAGAGUAGUUCACAGGUCAGAGUAAAAGUUUAUUGAUUUUUGGAGACACUUCUGUAUUCUUGGGUCUUCUGCAUCUUGUUUGUUUUUUCAAAAGCAAUGUUCCCAAUCCAUAAGGUGGGCCCUACACCCUUUCUAUUUUUCCCCUUGAAAUAAAAUAGUUGAGGUCUGACAGUAGUUGCCAUUCAUGUUUAUCUUUUUUAUAAGAAAUUGUGCUACUUAUUGGCUAUGAUCUAUUUAUAACGUUGCGUACUGGUGGUCAUGUGUUUACAGCAUACCUCAGCAUAGCGCCAAAACUAUCACAAUGGGUAAAUAGUCCAAAUUCUCCUUUCCAAUGCACCGAUGAGGCUCCAGUUUUAAAUGGACACACCUAACUUUAAAUCUGAUGUGUGUUUGGAACAUUUUUGUAAUCUGCUGAUUGUUCUGGAUUGCAUUCACUUCAGCUGGAGUAGUGGGUGCUAACACCUUUGAAAACCAGGCCCCUACUAAUUUUUCCCUGUUUGGGCCUAUUUACAUUCUAGAAUUCUACCAUAUAAACACAAUCGAGAGAACCUGAUUUUGAUAACAGGAUGAAGAAAGCCAUGAUUUAGCAGUCAUAGACAGGGCAAAUCUUAUUCAGCACCAUGUUCCUGGUCCAAGCAAAAUCUAAUCCCAGUUAGAUGACGUGGUGAAGAUGAUGAAUUAGAUUUGUCUGGUCUCCACUAACCAUACAGUCAGGAUCGUCAGUAUUAUGUUGGCUAACUAGCAACAAGGGAAAAAAGAAUAUUUGUAAUUGCAAAACGUGCUCGGAAAAACUACUAAAAUUGACUGGAGCGCUUGGACAGUUGUAAUACUAGAAACUUCCUUCUAAUUCACUUUUUGUAAUUGACUUGUUUUGAAGUUUUUGAUAUCCUUGUAAGUUGGAGCCAUUCUGAGGUCAGUGCACAGUUCUGUGCUUCUAUUUAGAUUGCAUUUCAGUCAGGUAUUUUUCCCUGUGUAUAUAGACUUGUAUCCUGUGCUGCUGCUUUUUAUUUUUUAUUAUGUGAUGUUAUUCAUGGUAUGUUUUAAUAGGUGUAAAAUUUAGGUCCUCCCUAUCAGUCCAAUGCACUUUUUUUUCUAGAAGACAGCAUUCACUGAAGAGACAAUGCUGAUUAUUUAUGGUCUUUGCGCUGAAACCUACAAAAACUUAUGAACUUGAUUAAUUUUUAGCACGUAUGUCUUUAUAGGAUCAGGACCUUGAUGUUUUUCAGUCUAGCAGUUACACUCAGCAAUGUGCUUGCAGUGUUACUCACUGGGGUAAGCAGGCUUAGUUGAGAUCCAAAAUAGCCUCCUUAAAAAGUGCAAGUUACAGUCUUUACCUGGAAAAAUAUUGUCUAUUGUUCCGUAGCUUUCAACAGCAUUAAAAAUGUUAAUGUAAUCCAUGGUGACUUCUUACAGAAUAUCCGAAUGUUGAAAAUAUACCACUGUUAUUUAGUUCUGAUGUAAGAGUAACACAUUUUUGAAAUUCCUUGUAUGUAUGCUCUUCGUUUCCUAUUUCAUUACAUAGUGUGACUGCAGAUUUCUUUUUUUUUAAACUGUCAGCUAGAAAUAAUCUAGAAUAUUUUUAGAUUUAAAAAGAGAUUACUGCAACAUUUUAGUGGUGUGGUUGGUCCUAUUGAAUGUGAACUCUCCACUUUAAAAAAAAUAUGCUCUGAUCUUGUUCUGAGGAACUGUAGCUGCUUAUUGAGCACAGUGUAGGGUGACAAAACAUCACUUGUUUUUUGUGAACAGUAUUCACACAUUCCAUAUGUUUAAGGCCCAUUCCUGCAAGCUCUGCCCACUCAAAAUUCCUAUUUGCUUCACUGAGUGCUGAAUAUUCACUGAUCCCAGGAUUGGGGUCUGUUGGGAUAGAUCUUCAGCUGGAGCAAAUCAGCAUUGCUCCAUUGAACCAAGUGGUGCUAGGCUGACUUUCACCAGCUGUAAUGUUUUGGAAGUCUGAAUUACCUUCAUAGUUUAAAACUAUCUUUUUUGUUUCUCUUUAACAUUUCCCUGUCUUCUGUGCCCACAUUAUCUACAAUGGUCUUUACACUUUCAAGUUCAGAGUUGUUAAUUUAAAAUGUUUGUAUCCAUCAAACAUAACACCGAUUAUUGUAUUGACUUCUCUUUAAAGAGGAAAUGGAAACUAUUGUUGUAAGGAUUUCAGUCUGUAUCUUCAAAGUUUACAUCCCUCGUUAGUCACAUGUCCACUACUAACUCAUGUAGCUCUUAGAACUCUAGCCAUCUAAUCUUUAUAGAUUUUUUUUAUAGUAAAACAGAAUGAUUUUUUUAUUUUUGUAGCAUAUGCCUUCAAUAUGUAUAAUAGAAAUAACAAUUCAAAAAGCAUAUUCUGAAUAUUGUAAAAAAAAUAUUUGUGAGAAAAUACCAGCACGUCAAAGGUUUACAAAAACCUAUUCUUUAGGAUAGAAGUAUUCUGAUAGUGUAAUAUGUUUGUAUUCUAUGUGCAUAUGCAGAUUCUGAAAUUGCACUAAAUAAGAAACAAAGAGCUUUUUACAAAUCCAAGCACUGGAUCAAAAUGCUGAAUUCGUAACAUUUAGUGUUCUUUUUAUCCAGAAAAGUGAUGGGUGGUUGGUUAGUGGUUUUCCCACAGAACAGUAAUGCGGGAAUCCAUCAAUUUAUUCAGAAACAUAAGUUGGUGCCUAAUGUUGCAUAUUAAGCUGUGGCUAUCAUUCAGUAAAGUGCCCAAAAAUUAACAAAUGCCCAUUUUUCCUCCACCACCUCCCCAUGCUCCCCCCCACCCCC